AUGCUCCUCAGCUUAGCAACCCUCGCCCUGGCCCUCACCAGCACCGCCUUAGGGCAUGCCUUCAUGUACGGCAUCUUCGUCAACGGCAAAGACCAAGGCGACGGCCGCAACAUCACCAUCCGUUCGCCCAGCACCAACCACCCCGUAAGGGACUUCAAGAGCGACGCCAUCGCCUGCAACAACCUCGGUGACAUCGCGGCCCCCAACUUCGUCAAGGCGGCCGCGGGCGACAAGCUCGCCUUCCGGUGGUACCACUGGAACCCCGUGGACCCGGCCGACAUCCUGGACAAGUCGCACAAGGGCGCCAUCCUUACCUACAUCGCCAAGUACGCGACCGCCGACGUGAGCAACGGGACCGGCCCCAUAUGGUCCAAGAUUGACGAGCAGGGUUUCGAAAACGGCGAGUGGGCGACCAUCAAGAUGAUCAACAACGGCGGCAAGGCCGAGUUCACGCUGCCCAAGGCGCUGGCGCCGGACAAAUACCUCAUCCGUCAGGAGCUCCUGGCGCUGCACAUGGCGGAUAUCAGCCCCAAGGUGAACGCCUCGCGGGGGGCCGAGUCGUACCCAAGUUGUGUGCAGUUUGACGUAUCCGGGUCCGGGAAUGCUGUUCCAAAUCAAAAUUUUGAUUUUAACACGGGUUAUUCGUAUGAUGGUGAUGCCAAGGGGUUGACUUUCAACAUACAUAUUCCCUUUGACAAGUACACGCCGCCGGGCCCCAAGGUGUGGACAGGGAAUUGA